CAACGCCAAGGUGUGGCAAAUCCCAACAAACAACUAAUGAGUGCCAGACAACACUGCUAGUAAUCUCGAUUGGAUAAUAUAAAUGAAAAUAAUAUAAACAGAUGACAAACAUUUUAGAUUUAUUGAGAUGGAAGAAACAACAAAUGCUGUUGCAAUAAUCACCUUAUUUGUCACACCUGUAGUUAUAGCACUUGGCAUGGUUGGAAAUACUUUAUCACUGUUGGUCAUGCUACAAAAGAAAAAUAGAAAAACAAAUACAGGUGUUUAUUUGGCUGUUAUAGCAGUGGUGGACAACUGUCAAAUGGUCACCUUGUUGACACAUUGGCUAUAUGGAACUGUACUUAUGGUACCAUUACAAGAUAUGUAUUGUAAAGUCUACACUUACUUUGCCGACUUCUGGAGUGAUUCAUCCAUCUGGAUCAUUGUUAUCAUGACCAUCGAUCGGACUGUCGCCAUUAAGUUACCAUUAAAGAAAUUCCUGAGGGCCCGUGUAAUUAGUAGCAGCAUACUCGGAGUGACGUUUUUCUUGUUGAUCAUUCGUAAUAUACCGUUUCUUAUAUAUGGUUUCAGUAAAGUAGAUGAGGUCACAGAGAGUGACAUUUGCCUUGUUUAUGACGCAAGUCUCAAUUCAACAGCCGUUGUAAUUCUACCUUUAUUUGAUGUUUGUUUCCAAUCGAUUAUACCUUUUUUCAUACUCACGACGUGCAAUGGAAUUAUAAUACAUGCACUUAAAAAGAGGAAACAACAAGUUGCAAAUCUUGGAGUGACACAAAAUAACCCAAUGAUGAAAGCAAGAGCUGUAUCUAUUACAAUGAUGCUUCUAGUUAUUUCAUUCUCUGCAUUAGUGUUAACUCUACCUUUAAACCUUCUCAUAUUUCUUGCACCCCUGGUUGAAAAUGGGACAAUAGACCCCAAGACAUUUUCUAUAAUAUUUGCAGUGUGUUUGCGACUUUAUUUUGCAAACAAUGCAUUGAACUUUUACUUGUCCUUGAUAGGUGGACAGAAGUUUAAAAAUGAUGCAAAAACAUUGUUAUGUAAGUGUACACCAUCUCAACGUGAGACAAAUAGAGUCACAAAUGGAGAAGCAACUGUUGAAUAGUUCCCAAAUUAUAAAGUCAUUAUUUAACCAUAAGUUGAUGCUCUUGGUUUCAAAACACAUGGCUGGAUGGAGUCAGCUUGUUUUUCAUUUUAAAUGACUUAAAAUAUAAUGGUUAUGUAAUUGUAGGUUCUGGAUACAGGGUUUAUCCCAUGAGACUGCAGGGAUCAAUAAAAUACACAUUUCUU